AUGUAUAUCUCCAAAUUGUACAAGAGUAACUCAGCCUUCCUCCUCCUGGAUGGCAUUGAUCAGAUAGAGAAGAGCGAACUGGAGGAGUUUGUCCACAUUUUGGAGGAAUUACUGGCUACCUCUAGAACCCGGUCAAACUUCAAGCCCCGCAUGGUUAUCACUGCGCGGAAUGAAACAAAUGAGCAAGGCCAAAGGUCGGCUUGGUGGAGGAAUAUCGAUAAUUGA